UGUCCUCCAGAGAGAACAUGAAAUAUCCAGCGAACAAUUCUUUUCUUCUCCAUCUCACGAUUUUUCGGCCUCAGCCUCCCUAGUGAUGAGAUUAUUUGCUUGUACUACACUGCUCACUUGGAGUGGUAACAGCUUCAGAUUUUAAGGUUGAAGACGAUAUUAUACUGGUUAUUUCCUCUCCAGCAGCAUUUUAAUGAGUAAAAAAUACCUUGGGAAUAUUACGAAAUUACUCGUAUGUAUCUGCAACGAAAAGAGCGGAAAAACAACUGACACCUCGGAAAAACAAAUUGCUGGACCACAAGAGUGGCCCACCGUUGCCGGAAGUGGGCUGGGAAGUAGCGCUUCGCCGCCCGCAGCCUGCUGGGACUUGUAGUUCGAGUCCUCGAUGAUGCCCUGGAGUCCUGCGAUCCCAGGUGUGGGUCCUACCUACGCAAGAGGUCCCGCUUGAGGCCUUGGAGAAUAAAUGUCAGCCUCUCUGUGCUGGGGAACUUUAAUUGGGAUGGAGUGAAUGCAAGAACAUGAAGAGAGAAGAUGAACUAAGUCAUAUAAAGAGUAUGAAGAAAUUAAACCCAGAGAAGUGGUAGUGAGUGCAUUCUGAUUUGAUGGUCAAGAGAGCACAUCUGGAAGGCAGCACAUCUGGAAGGAAGCACAUCUGGAAGGCAGCACAUCUGGAAGGAAGCACAUCUGGAAGGCAGCAGCUCGACUGAGACCAGCAUGACAAGGAGCCAGGUGUGAGAUGUGGAAAAAGAACAUUCUGGACAGAAACAGCUAUGAGAGUCAAACCCGAAUUCUGUGGAGAAUCUUCAAGAGAAAGGCCUGCAGGGAGCUGGAGAGAUGACUCAGAGACGAAGAGCACCUGUGGCCCUUGCAAGUUCAGUUCCCAGCACCCACAUGGUGGCUCACAACCAUCCAUAACUGCAGUUCUAGGGGAUCCAAUGUCCUCUUCCGACCUCCAUAAGUACCCAGCCGGUAUAUGGUACACAGACAUACAUGCAGGCAAAAACACUUAUACAAAUGAAAUAAAAAUAUUUAGAAAGAGAGAAGACUUCAGAUUUACCAUAGUAGUUUUCCUAGUGACUAAUUUUGGAAGAGAUGGCCAGGCAGUACCUGGAAGUUGAAUUUAUAUUGUGAAUCUUCAAGAAGUACACACAGAUGUUGAAAUAGAUUCCUGUCAGUGAUUUCACAAACACUGAAAGUGAAAAAAUAUUUAUCUUUUAAGUUCCAAGCCAAAUGGCCAGACAGGUCUCCUCUGUGAAGUUGUGUAAGAAGCCUCUGAGGAAAAAAGUUCUCUUUGUAACUGAAGGAAGAACUGAGAAAAGGAAUAAGCGGGGAGUGUCAUCCCAUAGACCACUGUUCAGAGAAUCUUCAAGUUAAACUCACAUCUGAUGUACCAGAACCAACCGGUACCUCUGUUGUUCCCUAGUGAGACAACUUGCCAAAAUGUCCAGUUCAAAGGCUCUUUGGUUCCCUUUGACGGUGAAGUAAAGACAUUUGUAGAUGGACGCCACCAUCAGUCACCUCCAGUCUUCAGAGAAACCACACAAAGGAACCUGUAGCUGUAAUGACUCCGGGAAGGCGCUUAUCACAACCCAGAUGGUCAGCUCAAGAAACCCCUCCACUUCAGAGACACUAUACAGAUGUGGUCAGUGUGGUGAGAACUACUCAGAACUGAUGCUUCAUCAGAGAGACCGCCUGAAAGGAAAACCCUGUGGGUGUGAGCCCUGUGGGACAGGCCUCACCAGGAGCUUGUCUGCCAUCCAUCAAGCGGUCCCCAUGGAUGGGAAACCGUACAAGUGUGAACGGUGUGGGAAGGGCUUCACCAGGAGCUCAAGUCUGCUCGUCCAUCAUGCCGUCCACACAGGUGAGAAGCCGUACAAGUGUGAACGGUGUGGGAAGGGCUUCAGCCAGAGCUCCAAGCUGCACAUCCACCAGCGAGUCCACACCGGCGAGAAGCCCUACGAGUGUGAGGAGUGUGGCAUGAGCUUCAGCCAGCGGUCCAACCUGCACAUCCACCAGCGCGUCCACACGGGAGAGAGGCCCUACAAGUGCGGGGAAUGUGGGAAGGGCUUCAGCCAGAGCUCCAACCUCCACAUCCACCGGUGCGUCCACACGGGAGAGAAGCCCUACCAGUGCUGUGAAUGUGGGAAGGGCUUCAGCCAGAGCUCAGACCUUCGCAUCCACCUCCGAGUGCACACCGGGGAGAGGCCCUACCACUGUGGCAAGUGCGGCAAGGGCUUCAGCCAGAGCUCCAAACUCCUCAUCCAUCAGAGAGUGCACACCGGGGAGAAGCCCUACGAGUGCAGCCGGUGUGGGAAGACCUUCAGCCAGAGCUCCAACCUGCACAUCCACCAGCGGGUUCACAGGAAGGACCUUCACUGAGCAAUGAGUCCGCUCAGGGGUUCAGGAUCCUUUCAUUGGGAAGAUAAAUGUUUCAUGGCCAAGGGCACAGAUCAGUGGUAGAGCGCUUGCCCAGCAUGGAUAAAGCCCUGGGUUUGAGUUCCACUACCCACCCCCACAAAACUUCCAGCUUAAUACUUUGUACUUGAAGGAGUGUGUGUGUUCAUGUAGAGAGGAUACACGUGCUGUGCAGGUAUGUGCAUGCAUGUUUGCACAUGUGUAUGGAGGACAUCUCAGGUGCUCAGAUGUUUGUCACCUUUUUGUUUGAGACUGGGAUCAGUCACUUGUGGUAUGGAAUGUCACCGAGUAAGGUAGGCAGCGAGUUCCAUGGAUCUACCUGUCUCCACUUCUCAGCUCACCCUGGCUAGGAUUACACGUUGUGAUACCACACCCAGCUUUUCUAUGUGGUUUCUGUCUCAAGCUUGCAGGACAAGAGCUUUACUGACUGACCUAUCUCCCCAUGCCGUGGCUUAAAUACUUUUGAACCUUUGUAUUCCUCAAAAGACAGAGAUAGUAAGGGUUAUUCAGAUGUAAUCCCUCACAGGAAAAAAAAAAAAUCAAUCCUUCAUUAAAAGUAUCUGAGCACCCAGCA